AUGAUCGUCAUAGUGAGUUUUCGUCUGAUUUGUAGCAUAAAAAAUAUUUCAUUGUCUUCAUUAACAAAAAAGAAAUUUUCACAUAAGAGUCUAUCAUCAAUCUACAAUAAAACCAUAAUCAAUGAAAAUAUUCGAAUUCCACAAUAUUCUGAAUCAUUUAUUUCAAAUUCUAAUAUAAGUAAAACAGAAAAAAGUUCAUUUAAUAAAGAUUUCAAUAAACAAUCAAGUAUUUAUUCUAAUGAUCAUCCUGAUUCAUCUUCAAGUAUUGAACAUCUAACAAGUGAAUUUCGACAACGUACUCAAUUAACUUAUUUACUUUCAUUGGAUUUUGUUCAAUCAUCAGCUAAUUUUAUCUAUCCAAAUCUUAGAAUUAUUUCUUCUGGUUAUUUUUUUCAUCGAAAUACUUCUAUUGAAACAAAUUCCAUAUAUAUGUAUUCAAAUACAUUAACUUCAAACAAAAUUCUACCAUUAGUUUUUCUUGGUAAUGAAAUUUUUUAUAUUUUCUUUUUUUUUUUUCAGAAAAUGAUUUCACAAAUAGGAAGUGAAUAUUUCUUACGUAAACCAAUAAAUUUCGAACAUUUAAAAUUUCCAUUUUCAACUAAUGAAAAUAUUGAACCAUUAGUUGAUUUAUUUAUAAAUCGUCCACAAUUUAUAAGAGAAAUUCCUGAAAUAAAUAAUUUAUCAAAUUAUAUUUUUUUACCACAAUCAAUAUCAGCUUUAAUAUUUUUUGAUUCAUUAUCGAAUCAAUCUGCACGUCAUUUAUGUUAUGAAUUACGUACAAAAGAAAAUCAAAAUAAAUUUACAAUAAAAGAUUUAUUAUAUAUGUCACAACGUGAAAAUAAUAUUAUUCAAAUGAAUGCAUUAAAUGAUAAACGUUAUCAUGAAUUUAAAAAUCAAUUAACAGAUAUUUAUUAUUAUGAAAAUUCUUUAUCAUCAUCCGAACAAAAACAAACAAAAUUAAAUGUUUUAGAAAAAACAAAAUCAUCUAAUAUUUCUCGUCCUUCAUUACAUAAACAUUCAAGAAUAAAAACUCGUCCAACGAUUGUAACUUCAAUAUUAUCUUAA